ACACCUCUCGCAUGGAGCCAACCUUCUGGGCGGCCAUGUCGUUAUUAGUCAUCAACUCCGACGGAGACGGAGGCACUGAAUUGCUCCGUCUCCGUUCGACAAACGCCAUCUCGAUCCUCGUUAUUGGUCGGAAAUGCCCACCAUGACUUACACGAGUCCAGGAGAACCUGUAGGGGGGCAUAACUCAGACGAUGGCUUACGACGCAAAGGAUCAGUGGAUUCGCUUUGUAUGAUUUUUUUUGCACCCUUUCCUUCCCGUCUCCUCCAUCUCCCGUGAACCCGCUUCACCGCUAGACCUCAUGAGUGGGUGAAGAUUCAACAUGGACUAUGAGCAAAAGAAUAAGGGGCCUCGGGCCUGCGUCACUUGCGCCAAGGCGAAGGCGAGAUGCAUCUCGGGACCAAAAGGGAGCGACAAAUGUGAACGGUGCCACCGGCUCCGGAAGGCCUGCGGCUUGCAGACUCCUGCGCCUCCGAGACCGAAAAGGGACCCAAGACCGACAAAGGUCGCAGAGCUCGAGAAGAGGCUGAACGAGUUGACGACACAGCUGGGUGCUACCCAGGGCAACGCCGGUGCCACCUCCCCACCCACCGUGGUCGGCAGCGCCGGCUCUCCGCUCCCGCUCAGCAACAGCAUCAAGCCGGCAUCGGCCAAGAUUCCCAUCAAUUGUGAUCACCUUUUCCCGCCAGAGGACGUGCCAGCGGGCGAUGGCGCGGAGACCGGCGCCUCCGUUCCGCUCCCGACGCCGAGCUCCUCGACGGCGGAUGACCACCCCACUGUCAGCAGCCGCGGUUGGAGCCAGUCCGACGUGCGUGACGAGUCGCCCUGGCCGUUGAACAACGAGCAAAGCAUCAUUCUGCAGACAUUCGUGGAUGAAAUGCAGCCUUUGUACCCGUUUGUGAUUGUGCCGCCGAACAUGGGCCCAACGCAGCUCGCUGCUGGGAGGCCGUAUCUGUGGAAGGGGAUCCAGAUGACGGCGUGCCACCUGGAUGCAGCGAAGCAAGUGAGGCUGGGAAACGAACUGCUGCAGGACAUUGUGCAGGCGUCAUUUAUGAAACCCGCGAAGAGUCUGGACGUGCUCCAGGGGCUGCAACUUCUAAUUGCAUGGUAUCACUACAACAUCAACAGUUAUCAGCUUACAAACCUUCUGUUCUUGGCGAGGUCCAUGUGCAUCAGCUUGGGCUCCAAGGACAACCCUAUCAAGCUCAAGCGGCGGGGAAAAGGGAACUGCGGCAUGGACGGCAUAAGCGUGCAGAACCAAGAUGACGGCUCAAAGGCGACGCCACAGACCAGGGAGUCGGCGUCGGCGCGGCUGGAGUUGAUGAGAGCCUUUGCUGGCUGCUACUACCUCAACACGCUCGUCUUCACAACGAACAAGCGUCCGGACGCGUUUAUGAACACGGCCCAUCUCGAGUCGUGCUGCCGACAGAUCGAAGAAGCUGGGGAGUACCCCUCUGACGAGCUCCUGGUGCAGCUGUUCAAGAUCCAGCAGCUCGCGCAGGCCAUCUCCCUUACGUUGGGGGCCGAGAGCAAGAGUUUCCAGUCGCAGCAGCUACCGCUGACCAUGGCCGUCCAAUUGUUCCAGCAGCAGCUCGACAUCUUCAAGUCGUCGCUCCCGGCGCAUCUCAAAGACAACCUUGGUCUCCUCACGCACGUCAGCAUCGCUGAGAUCCUCCUCUACGAGAUCGGCAUACCCGAGUGCCAGGGUUCGUCGUCCUUCAUCACGCUGACGGAGCGCCUCGAGCUCCUCUGGCGCUGCUGCAGCGCCGCAAAGACGUUCCUCGACCUGCGCUUCCAGCGCAAUAACCUCAGCGUCCAGCCGCUCUUCAUAUGCCUCAGUGCCUCCGAAUUCAUCUACGUCUUCAUUUUGUGCCUGAAACUCAUGACUCUCGAGGUGCCCGGAUGGGAUCUGCCGCUGAUCGAGAAGCACUUGGACCUCGCGGGGGUAGUAGAUGUCCACGUCGCACAUCUCGACAUUUAUGUGGCGCACAGGAAUAAGCGACCCGCAGGCGCCGUAGGGACGGACCCGACCGCGUUGUCGACGGACCUCCCCGGCCAGAACGUCGUUGACCCGCUCAUCCGGCUGACAUGCAUGCUGCGGUAUUUCAAGGAGCUGGUCCGGGGCGAGCUGAGCGGGUCCCGGUCGCAGCCCACCACCCAGGGCCCAGUGCAGCUGCCGGCAAACCUGUCUGACAGCACGCAGGCCAUGAUCUGGGACCUGGACGCGGACUUUUGGAGCGGGAUGCCGGACGACGAACUCGGAAAGUGGGACGCCGGGUCCGCGUUUCCCGCCAUGGACUGGACUGCCACCUGAGGAGACCACUCUCGAGCCCGCGCUGCCAGGACGGGUACAAAGGGUAGGCGAGUUAUAUCAACACCGAGCCCGGGGGGGAUGAAGUGACACAAACACAAAUGUUAUGACUGAAUGGCACGAAGGAAGACGGGCCUCUGCUCUCGAAUGAACGACCAAUCUCUUCUCUGAUUUCGCACGAGCCUACAAGAAUGGGAAACCGAGCUUGAAAAGCCUGGCACGGCGUGCAUAAAAUACUGCUUGGCGCAGAGGGGCAGCGAGUAGACGUCUGCCGAGUUAGGGUGGCAUCGAGAACCAGGAGUUGUCCAGAAGAGGAAAUUCCGAUCGGGGG